CUCUAGAGUGGACUGUGCUGGGGUUAGUGGGACAAGUGUUGGCUGCUAUUUUCAGAAACCUCUGUGCUGUUUGGGAUCCACUCCUGCCAUCUCCUGCCUGCCAUGGGGAGAUUGUGGGUGCCUCAGCCCGUCACCAUCUCCAGCUCUGUACUGCUGUGGGUAGUGCUGUUGUGUCUAGCUCCAGCCAUCAGGAGUAAUGGUCCACCAAGGGCAUCACUGAUCCUGGAACCCCCUUGGUUCAAUGUGCUCAGAGAAGACAAUGUGACUUUUAUAUGUGAGGGGUUCCAAACCCCUGGAGAGGAAUCCAUUGAAUGGUUCCACAAUGGGUCAUCUUUCCCCAUCCACCAGGAUGCCUAUAACAUUCCAGCUGUCAACAUCAAGGACAGUGGGGAAUACCAGUGCCGGACAAAACAAACUGCCCUCAGCAACUCUGUGAAACUACAGGUCACUAGUGAUUGGGUGCUACUUCAAGUGGAGAGAUUGGAAUUCAUGGAAGGUGACCCUAUGACACUGAGGUGCCACAGUUGGAGGAAUAAACUGAUGCAUAAAGUCAUAUACUACCAUAAUGGCAGAGCCUUAGAAUAUGAAUUUCAGAAUUUUAACUAUUUUAUCUCUCAUGUGAACCAUACUCACAGUGGAUCCUACUACUGUACAGGGCAGAUGGGGCAUAUUACUCAUGUAUCUGCAACUCUGGUUAUCACUGUCCAAGGAGGGAAGCCAAGCACCGCAAAAGGAGUUAUAAUAGCUGUGGUCCUGCUGGUUGUGAUUGCUACAAUUGCAGCUGCUGCUGCUGCCCUGUAUUACUACAAGAGACACAAGAGAGCAGCCAAUGCUCCUGAUGAGACAGGAAGGACUGAGGUGGAGAAUUCCAUGUCUUAUUCACUUCUAAAGAACACAGAUAACCCUGAGGAAGAAGCAUCAAGACACUCAAUUUAUCAGAAUCAGUAAUAGUCAUGACCACCUCCAUCCCUCCUGCAGGGACCCUAAUCUGCUUGUUCCCACAAGUACCAGGUUGAGGGACCUGGUGGACCUAAGGCUGGAGACCAGCUGACUCCUGAGCCAACUUUGGCAUUCCAGGAAAAAUGGAUUAGAAAAAUUUCAUUGACAGUUAUCUGCAUGAAUCAAAAACUGCUUUUAAAGACCUGAAGGCAAUUGACUGUCAGUAUUUAUACUACUUGUCUAUGCUGCCAACAUCUACCCAAUCCAAAUGAUUUCGUACCCUGAAGCACUCUUGCACAGUACUUUGGACAAUCCAAAAUGCCCUUUUAGGGGCAGCUAGGUGGCACAGUGGAUAAAGCACUGGCCUUGGAUUCGGGAGGACCUGGGUUCAAGUCCGGCCUCAGACACUUAACAUUUACUAGCUGUGUGACCCUGGGCAAGUCACUUGACCCCCAUUGCCCCCUUAAAAAAACAAACAACAAAAACACAAAAACAACCCCAAAACAAAAUGCCCUUUUAGAGGAAUUGCUCUGCUCCCUCCUGAAAUUGCUACCUAGCUAGGGCAGGUCUGAGUUCUAGUGCAGUUUUCUCUUUCUAUAGGUGUUGGAGUAAGGGCAAGAGGUGCUUGAGCAUGCCUCCCCUUAGCUGAAGAUGAUCUACAGUUGACAUAGGGUAUCUCUGUACCCUCAAUCACCUUGUCCCAUUUCUAAGUUUUCCCCAAUGUUUGGUGCUGAAAUGUUUGGUACUGGGGCAGAAAACAGUGGGCCUCAGGCUGCUGUUUUGUCACAGCCUACUUUUUUAAAAAAUCUGGUGCUUUAUGGAGACCUCUUUUGAUUUUUAUAUUAGUACUUUCUGCCUGUGCUCUCCCUUGAAGCCCUAGACUUACAAUGAUGUAGGAAGCCUGAGGAAGAGGAAAUGCCCCUGAACUACCAAGUCAGAUUCAACAGCGUCAUAAGAACCUCACUGCCAGUGUAGAGUCCUUGGUGCUAAAGGCUUUGGGGCUCCAUGUGAAUCUGGCUUGUAGGGAGCAGGAGGCAGGUAAGGCAUACAAGGGAUUUAAGAAAGAUGAAUUUGGGAAGGAGGUCAGGGAAUAUCAUUGUAAUCAUUCCUUUCGAGGCAGGGGUUGUUUCCCUGGGAGAUGGGAAUCUUAGUGCUGCUGUUCUGGUUCGGGCCUACUCUCCUUGGCCAGAGUAAGUGGAGUGGGUAGGGUAGGGGGAUCAAAGGUAUUUUGGGAUGAGAGGUGGCAUGGUGCUGUAGAAGGAAUACUGGAGCUGAAGGCAGAGAGCCUCACUUUGAACUAUGCCUCUUCUUCAUACUAGUAACAUGACAUUGGGAAAGUCAGCUCAGCUAGCUGGGCCUCAGGUUCCCCACCUGCAAAAAGAGAGGGUUUUACUAGAUGAUCUGAGUUCAAUUCCAUGAUGCUCAUUAAGCACUUACUGUGUAUCAGGAUGCUGUUAUCUCUGACUUCCUAAAACAGGGACAACACUUCUUUCCCUCUCCCGCUCACUUCUCCUGGUCUCUCCAUGGGAUAAGGUCAAGGAUAUACAUUCUGUGUUCUCAGGAUGUAUGCUUCAUUAAUGAAAGUGAUGUUUCUUAAACCUUCUUGACCUCAUGCUCUUCAAUUAUCUGUUUUAGUGCCUUUGCAGUCCGGCUCUGAAAUUACACCUUGGGCAAGUCACUUAGGUGACAUUUAUGAAGGGCCUUAAGGUUUGCAAAAUGUUUUGCACACAUAGUCUCACUUGAUCCUCAGAAUAAUUAUUCUUCCCAUUUUGUAGAUGGGAAAACUGAGGUAAAGAUUGCUGACCUGACUUGCCCAUACUCACAAUGAGCCAAUAAGUGUCAGAGGCAAGAUUCCAACCUAAGCCUCUCCUGACACCAAAUUCAGUUCUUUUCCCAGGAAUUUCCAAUGCCGCCACUCAGGACUUCAGUUUACUCAUCUGUAAAAUGAGAGGGGUUGGAUCAUACAAUCUCUAAUGUCACUUCCAGCUCUAACAUUCUGUGAUCCUACAUAUAAUAAAUCAUUGUUAUUUGCUCAUAA